AUGGGAUCCACAGAGAGAUCAUCAAGAAAGAAGGUGCAGCAGAUAUGGAAGAAAGCCAUAUUUCAUUUCCUUCUUUGUUUCGUGAUGGGUUUUUUCACCGGCUUUGCCCCCAUCAGCAAAACCUCCGUUUUCUCGAGCCACGUCACAAUGUCACUCUCGUCGAGCUACUCGCCCGAACCAGUCGAGCUUUUGCUUCAUGAACAACCAGAAAUAACGCAGCAGAACGCCAACAGAAGCCUGAUGGACGAACCGGAAUCGGAAAAAAACAAGGACACGAAAGCCCCUGAAGUAGAAAACGAAAAAAAAUUCGAAACUUUGGAAAAAGACUCGAAAAGGCUCUUAAUCGUGGUCACACCAACUAGCUCGAAGAAUAAGCUAAGAGUCUUGCUGCUGAGUAGGCUGGCUAACACGCUUCGUCUGGUGACUCAGCCGAUGUUGUGGAUUGUGGUCGAAAAGCAAUCCGAUGAUCCUAAGGUUUCGGAGAUGUUAAGGAAAACGGGGAUUAUGUACAGACACGUCGUUUUUAAGGAGAAUUUCACCGAUCUGAGUUCCGAAAUGGAUCAUCAGAGGAACAUUGCAUUGAACCACAUUGAACAUCACAGGCUGAGUGGGAUAGUUCAUUUCGCGGGGCUUUCGAACGUUUAUGAUCUCGGUUUCUUCGAGGAGAUCCGAGCAAUCGAGGCAUUUGGGGCUUGGCCUAUAGCUAGACUCUCUGCAAACAGGAAGAGAGUGAUAAUCGAGGGACCGGUUUGUGAUUCCUCGGAAGUUAUGGGGUGGCAUUUGAGAAAGAUGAAUAAUUCAACAGAUGGCAGUAGUACUACUACUACUAUGCCUCUCCAUAUCUCGAGCUUUGCUUUUAAUAGCUCGAUUCUUUGGGAUCCUGAGAGAUGGGGUCGAACUUCCUCCGUUCAAGAUACCUCACAGGAUUCACUCAGAUUUGUGAGGAAAGAAGUUCUUGAAGAGGAAGCAAACUUGAAGGGAGUUCCAGCUAUGGAUUGCUCCAAGAUUCUGAUGUGGGAUCUCAGGAUUCCUAAGACACAAUAG